GCAUCUCUCGACUCAUUCUGUAUGGCUAGUUCGGCAGCGGCGAAGCCACGAGCCCGUCCUCGCAAAGUCAUUGCAAUCCAAGACCUUGAUGCACUAAAAGCCAAAAAGCAACAGCUAAAACAAGAUCUCAAAGAGAUGAAUAAAACGGUGAAGGUGCAACAGCAGAAGAAAAGACGUCUCAUGAAAGCUGCUCACAAUUUGCACGAUGAGGACCUUUUAUGGCUUCUACGUGAACGUCAAACCCAACGAAGUGAAGACCCUAAUUCUGCUCAGGAUCAAAAUGGAGAUGCGGCUGAAGAUUUAUCGGCUGAGAAUGUCGAGCCCAAUGAGACAGUGAAUAGUGAGGAACAUGUGAACAGAACCAGUGACGGUGCUCAAUCGAAUGAGUGA